AUGUCCAGUAACAAAAAAAAUUCUAAUCGAACCAAUGAUCAUAAAUUAAAACAACAAUUUGAUUUUGAUAAUGUUUAUGUAUUAGAAAAAGAAAAUGCAGAGGAUCAAACUGAUGCUGUAGAUAAGUCACAUGCCAUUAAUGUAUUAGAUGAGAACGUUUUAUCACAAAAAUUAAGUCAAUUAUCGUGUUCUCAACCACAUCAACAACAGAAUGUAAAACAAUCGAAUAAGAUUCCGAAUUAUUUAUCUAACAAGAAUAAAUCAUUUCAAAAGCUAAUUAAAGAAAUAUUAUCCACGAUGAUAACAAGCAGAACAACAGUAUCUUCCGUGCCAUCUCAAAAUGAACAAGAUUUACGAGAUAUGGCUAUAUUAAUACAUAGAAUUAAAUCUGAACAAAUUUUUCAAUCUUUAUGGAUGACCUAUCUAAAAUCAGGCACGGGUCAAUUGAAAGUAGAUCCGAUAGGUCCAUCGGUUUGGCCACUUCAAGUUAGAACAAUUGUGAAACAAGCAAAUAAAACAGGUAGUAAUGAAAAUGUUACAUGUAUGGCAUUAGUUAAAGAUCGUCUACAUGAAUUCAAUGUUCGAAUACAACAAUAUCAAACAGAAUUAGAUAUUUAUAAAUAUCGUUUGCAAGGUAAUAGAGAAACUAUUUACCAAACUAUUGAAACAUUUAUUCAACAAUAUCUUGAAACUCUACGUAAAAAAAUUGAACAUAAAAUUAUAUUAGUUCAAUAUGAUUAUAACGACCGAGUAUUGGAACUUGAAUUUCUUCAACAAAAUCCAAGUGAAUAUUGUAUCAAAUUAUAUAAACAGCUGUAUGAUGCUAGAUAUAAAAAAGAUAUUACACGAGAAGAAGUACAGUUAGUUGAACAACGUAUUUCGUAUUAUAAUAUAAAUAGUUCUCAAUCACAUCGACAAAUCUCUCAUCCAACAUUUUUUAGCACAAUUCUUAAUCAAGAUGUUCAACAACAAAUAUAUGAUCAAUUAACAAGUGUAGUUGAACAAGCCAAGGUGGACAUGUUGAAUCUCUAUGUUAAAACAGCUGAAAUGCAAAUGAAAACUUAUGACAAACAGUAUAAUAAAGAAUUAGACAAAAUGUUUAUAGAACGAAAGCAACAAUCCUUAGCAGUUGAACAACAAUUAACUACUGUCAUGCUUAAUCUACUUGAGAAACGUGCUGAUAAUAGACAAGAACGUAUCCGAUGUGUAAAUCAAUUUAAAAUUCAUUGUCUUCAUUCGAACUCUAAUCAUUAA